CACUGUUGUGUUGUGUUGAUUUUGCUUUUUGUUAAAAAAAAUAAAAAACCAACGGCAGGUAUUCUGCAAAGGCUUGCAAGCCUUCGAUAUAUUUACUAUCAAAGGCUUAAAACUUGCUUCACCAUGAGCGACAACGAGCACAAUGAUCCUGCGGCUGUGGGGAUCAGAUCGAAGGAGGCCGAUUCCCCCGAUAAUGACAGCAAUGGAGGUAGUCCAACAAUUGAUGGAAUUAGUAUAAUGCUCGCAAAUACUUUGAGUAUGGGUCCCAGUACCUCAGCGACCAGGGAGAAGGUCAUAGCCGACCUGACACCUAAGGGCCUCGCUGACCACUGGCGUAAGAAUGGAUUCAAGAAGAUUAUCACCAUGGUUGGUGCUGGCAUAUCCACAUCCGCUGGCAUACCGGACUUUCGGUCCCCCGGCUCGGGGCUGUACGACAACCUGGCCAAAUAUAAGCUACCGUACCCCGCGGCUAUAUUUGAGUUGUCGUACUUCAAAAGGAAACCAGCGCCCUUCUUUGCGCUGGCCAAGGAGCUCUACCCCGGCUCGUUUAAGCCCACUGCGGCUCACUAUUUCAUACGCCUUCUCCAUGAGAAGGGUCUGCUGGUGCGCCACUACACGCAGAAUAUUGACACGCUGGAUCGGCUGGCGGGCGUGCCUGAAGACAAGCUGGUCGAGGCCCACGGCAGCUUCCACACAAACCAUUGCAUUAGGUGCAAAAAGGAAUAUGACAUGGCCUGGAUGAAGGAAGAGAUUUUCGCUGAUCGGGUGCCCAAGUGCACGUCAUGCAUGAAAAUUGUAAAGCCGGAUAUUGUGUUCUUUGGGGAAGACUUGCCAGAGAAGUUCCACAAAAGCUUGGAUGUUGACUUCAAGGAGUGCGAUCUCCUCAUCAUCAUGGGCACCUCGUUGGAAGUUCAUCCGUUUGCAGCGCUGGCGCAGUACCCGGGACCGCGCUGUGUGCGCCUUUUGAUCAAUCGCGAUGCCGUGGGUCGUUUAAAGUAUACCACUUGGAUGGAUGAGCAAAACGGCGAUUCUCUGCUCUACAAUAGACCCACCAACACGCGCGAUGUGGCCUACCUAGGCGACUGUGACGCUGGUGUGCUGGAGUUAGCCAAAAAUCUGGGCUGGGAGGAGGAACUACAGGAGCUCAUGUCCACUGAGCUGAAACUUUUGGACAAGCCGAAUGCGGUUGUAAAGCAGAAGUCAAAGAAAGAUAAGGCGGCUGCCUCGACCAGCAGCACCCAUUAGUAGAUGGGUUUAAAGAAGUGUGUAGAUAAAUAGUUAAGUUUGGCUAAGAGUGCAAUUUGUAUACAUGAGACAUGUAUAAACGGACAAAGGAAUGUGCA